AUGUCUCCCGCAGCACUUUGGCAAGAGCAGCAAAGACGACCAUACAGUCUCGAUGGAAAGGUUGCCCUGGUGACUGGUUCCGGGCGAGGCAUUGGUGCGGCGAUGGCAGUCGAACUGGGUCGCUGCGGGGCGAAAGUUGUGGUCAAUUACUCCAAGUCAUACGCUCCCGCAGAGAAGGUCGUGGACCAGAUCCGGGGGUUUGGUGGUAGCGCCGACGCUGUCGCCAUCCAGGCCGACGUGAGCGAUGUCAGCCAAACCAUUGCUCUCUUCGAGAAAGCGGUCGAACAUUUUGGCGAGGUCAACAUUGUUUGCUCCAAUUCUGGUGUGGUGUCUUUUGGACACUUGGAAGAUGUGACGGAGGUACGUGCUUGGUGCCGCUGCGAUGGAGACUGAGAUGUGCUGAUCUCGUGACCUCGCAGGAGGAAUUUGAUCGUGUCUUCCGUCUCAACACUCGAGGACAGUUCUUCGUGGCAAGAGAGGCGUACAAACACCUCGGGCCCGGGGGCCGUAUCAUCCUCAUGAGCUCCAACACUACCCGUGACAAGAUUGUGCCGAACCACUCUAUCUAUGCCGGGUCGAAAGGUGCUGUCGAGUCGUUCGUCCGAUGCUUGGCCCUAGACUGCGGGCGAAAGAAGAUCACGGUCAAUGCUGUGGCUCCCGGGGCUACCGUGACCGACAUGUUCCACGAGACGGUCCGCAAGUACGUUCCGAAUGGUCAGAACCUGUCAGAUGAAGAGAUUGAGGAGGUAAGUAAAGCUAGAAGUGUGAUAAUCUGGAUGUGUUGCGGACAAUAGCUGACGUGCAAGUUCAGUUCGCCUCAGCUUCGGACACUCCUCUCAGCAGGCCUGGUCGUCCAGAAGACAUUGCGCGCGUUGUAUGCUUCCUGGCAAGCGAGGAGGGAGAGUGGAUCAACGGGAAGACGAUACCAGUCGAUGGAGCGGCUUAG